AUGAAAGUUUUUGAGAACAAAGUUUAUAUUGGUGGAACAGAUGUGAUUUAUAUUCUGAAUGACGAUUUGAGUGUUAAUCAGACCGGAAGUACGUGUAACAAGACUGUACCUAAAUGUAGAAAUGUGAACAAAGUUUUGCUGCUAAAUACGUUUAAGCGUGAAGUGUAUGUAUGUGGCACCGGUAUGGAGGGAUUUUGCGACUCAAGACCAAUGGAUGCUGUAGGAACAGUCGUACAGAGUUUAAAGUUAAAAAUAUCAACAGACUUCAAAAGGCCCGCAGAAGGUUUGAUCACAAGUAAUGGUUACAUAAUGAUGGCAGUGACAUAUGGCCAAGGCAUUACUAUCCACAUCGAAGAUAACGUUAUGACUUACAAAUAUUGUAUAAGUACACGGACGACAUCAUCUGGAUUAGUAGCAGGAAAACAAAGUCGAUUGUUACUUUACGUUGAAAAUUUAAAUGACUAUGUCAUUUACUAUAGAUCAUCAUUUCAAGCAGAAGGGUACAGUUAUUUUCUGACAAAUCAGAAAGAAUUUGUUGGCAGUUCAAAUUACGUCACAAAACUUGUGCGAAUUUGUCAAAACGAUAAUUACUACAGUUCAUAUACAGAUAUUUUUGUAAACUGUGAGCACAACGGGAAAAAAUACAAUUUGCUUCAAGAUGCCAUUCUCAUUGAUCCACCCUCCGGACAGAACAGCUCUGAAAGUAUAUUUGUAGGAGCCUUUACACAGGGCAAUGAUCCCGAGAGUCCAGCUGGUGACACUGUAUUAUGUUUAACAAAACUUGAAAUGUUCAAUAACAAAAUUAUGGAAGCUAUAAGGAAACAUGCACUAACAUGUGACGAUCAGAGUGACGAAAACAGAUAUCUACCCGAUUAUAAAAAAAAUCGAUGUAUAAGUGAACAAGAUUUUAACAACGCGUACGAACAUUUCGUUUGUAACAGAAACCUUCCAGCUUAUGGAUAUGUAAUAGGCAAUGUGACAGUUAGUUUGACUCAAGGUUACAAUGUUGGAGCAAACCAUGGUGUUAUAACAGCUCUUCAUGGAACACUUAUCGGCAGUAACAACCUAGUUUUGAUGACAGGUACAUCCGAAGGCCAGGUUUUGCAGCUGAACUUACAGCCUGAUUCAAACCGAUUAGAACUGUAUAACACCUUUGAUGCCGAUGCUGGUGUGCGGAUUCAAGGAAUUCAUCAGUACACUGACGACAAAUUGUUUGUUAUGAGCAACAGGAAAGUGAUGAUGUUUGCUAGUUCCAACUGUUCGGAAUUCAAAACUUGUUCUGAAACAAUGUCAGCAAAAAAUCCUCUUUGCGGUUGGUGUGUACGAAACAACAGAUCAACGAGGAAGAAUGAUUGUUCCAAUGCUACCAACCAUUGGCUGUCUUCACUUGAAGAAUGCGUAUCAAUCUUCAUUCAGCCAACUGGAAUUUCUGUCUCCCAAAACAAGUCAAACACUAAUAUAACAAUAACAUCAACAAACCUUCCAUCUACGGUAAAUGGCGAUAUUUACCAGUGCAGAUUCGAUGUAGCAAUCGAAAAAGAAACAUACAGUGCACUGGCUUCACGACUUAAUCAGUCUAGUUUUACAUGCUCUACACCAACCAUCAAAGGUCAUACCAAAGCAAAGAUUGAGUUAGUGCUAAUUCCUCCUUCAGGGCAGCAUGUCGUACUUUCAUGGACAUCGUUCCUUUUCUAUGUGUGUGCCAAUUUCAAAAGUUGUUGGGAGUGUGUUAACACAACAGGUGUUAAGUGCGAAUGGUGUUCAGAAAGUGCGUCUUGUCAGCCGCCAUCGUCGCCUUGCAUGUCCCAGCCGCCAGCUUCUAAAGUAAAUGUUUGCCCAAGUGUAAUGGACAGCCGAGGGAUUCAUUUUAUACCAAAUGGUGUCUUAACUAAUGUUUUCUUUCUCGCAAAAAAUUUACCUGUUUCAUCAAAUGUUAAAUACAGCUGUAUCAUACCUAAAGCGCUAGUCCAUGUUCACGCAAACAAGUAUGGCAACAAUGUAUAUUGUGGAUUAAAUAUAAGUAGCUAUUCUAAUAUGGUCAAAGAAGACUACAGCAUCAUUAUUAGAUACACAAAUACGAUACUAAAUAAUACGGCCGACCUAGAAGAUGCUUUUGGAAAUGCUGUUACACUUUACAGAUGUAGAGCACUUGCAACGGACUGCAGUCACUGCAAUGCUCUUAACUCAACGCGCUAUAAAUGUGAGUGGUGCACGGAUAGAUGCGACCAUGUCAAUACCAGUUGUAUUCAACCUACAUAUUGUCCGUCACCUGUGGUCAACAAGGUCAUACCAAGAAAUGGACCGACUGUAGGAGGUACUAAGGUUACUAUAUAUGGUGAAGAAUUCGGGUCACAAAUUUCAGACGUUGGUGUCAGGUUUGGACAUGCGAUAUGUAAACUGAGUUCCAAUCUCACAGAUUAUAACAUUACUGAAAGUGAAGAUUUUGAACUACUUGCACCAUCUGUACUGGUUUGUACAACUGGCAAGGUGUCCACAGAUACCACAGCAAACGUUACUGUCACUGUGAAUGGAAAACGUUCUGCAACAGCAGUGGUUUUUGAUUACAAGACCCCAAUUAUAACAGACAUUCAUCCGAAGUACGGUCCUAAAGCUGGCGGGACCCUUUUGACAUUAUCUGGUAAUAACCUAGGUGUUGGGAACCGUGAAGUGGUUGUACUUUUAGGUGCUUAUUUGUGCACAGAAGCAACAGUGUAUCCAAGGCUUCCACUAGACCUUGUUAUGCCUGUUGAUUUUACAAUUAAUUGUGUCGUAAGUGCUACUCAUAUCUCAGAUGUAAACAUCACGAGGAUUCAUUUAGUUAUGAACGAGAAUAUUGUCGUUAGUCUGAGCUCAAUCCUUUACCAAUAUAUCAAGAAUCCAACUAUUACAGACAUAUCGCCAAAGAAUGGAUUUCUGAGUGGAGGAACAUCAAUAACAGUUCAAGGAUCUGAUUUAAACAAUGCCCACACGGCAAGAGUCGAGUGUUCGUAUGCAGGAGAAACUUUGAUUAGUGUAUGUACGAUUCAGUCUUCGAGCGUGACCAUAUGCAAAGUUCCAAAAGCUCCCGAAACACUUGCGAAUGAGCUGGCAAAAUAUCAAUCAGGCGGAAGAAGAAAGAGAUUAGAUUGUCUAGAAUGCCGCGAGGCGGAGAUAAUAUUAUAUUUAGAUGGGGUGACGGAAACGUUCACAAUCACGUACUUCAGGGAUCCGUCCAUAGAUAAAUUACCCGGGAAAGAUAACGUUGUAUCAUUGCAGUCAGAAAAUCUGAGACUGACAAUCAAGGGCAAACGUUUGAAUUUGGUUGCGACGGCUUUUGACAUUAAUAUAACAAUUGGUAUAGCAACAUGUUCUGUUAUUGAACUGACAAUGACAUCUGUGGUUUGUAUUGCCCCAUCUACACGACCUGAGCCAGGGAUACCCGGUGCACAAUAUCCGGAAGUUAAUGUAACUAUAGGUAAUAUACAUACGACAGUUGGUUUUCUACAUUACUUGGAAGAAGUUUUGAACAAUACAGCUACAAUAAUUGCAGCGGUUGUCAGCCCAGUCAUACUCAUAGUCAUUAUUGCAAUCGGUACCGUAUUGCUAUGGCGGAAGUACAGAAGAAUGGCAAAAAGAGUAAAAUACCUUGAAAAGGAAACUGUCCAGAAAGAGGCAACAGGAACCCCUGCAGAAAGCCGUCAUGUAAGUACAGACACACCUGAAAGCCGGCUAAAUGAGGAAACGACUGAACCUUACGCUGAUAUAAAUGAUGAUGAGAUUGAAGAUACAUAUAAUGAAAUUUGUGACGUCGACAUCGAAUAUGAAGGAUAUCUUGUACCUCAUCCGUAUCUACAGUUACAAGACUUUGACACAGAGGGUGGAGUUGAUCAAAGUACAAAACAAAUUAAUCAUCCAUUGGCUGAAUCACAAAUUGAAAACACACAACCAAGAGGUGACUAUCUUCAUCCUGUGGCAGAAUGGCAACAGGAAUUUGCUGCAGCUGAUGACACGAAUGCCAUGUAGUACAAUGAAGAGAGACAAGGACAAACAAACCAUGAUGAUGAUACGUAUGUUAACUCCAAGCAGAUCUCACGAGACACCAAUUAAUUGCAGAAUGAGAUUCAGUGGAGAAAAAAUACGGCAUUUGGAAUAUGUCAGACUGAUGUUGUUACUGAUUUCAUGAUCAUCAAAUACAUGACGACACGACAAUAUAUAGAAUGUUUGACAAUAACUGUUAAAUUCUCUCUCAUCUUAAACUACUAUCAUGUCUAAUAAAAGCGUGUCGUCAACGCUUUAAAAUGUAUUCAUGUUUUUUUUUAGGUUAGUAUUCAUGUCUUCUACUGCGAAGGGCACACUCUAUCUAGUUAGUUUCAUUUAUUGUAAAUAGCACAGUCUUUCCUAAUUAAUUUCAUUUAUUGUAAAAUAACACGUCCCAUGCUUAUUAGUUUCGUUUAUUAUAAAUAGUACUAUUCAUGCUAAUUAAUUUCUUUAUUAUGAACAGAACAUGUCAUGAGGAUUAAUUUCAUUAGUUAUGAGAAUCAUACUUCAUACUAAUUAAUUUCAUUGUUCUUCAUCCAUACGAUGAAGACGAGAUAAACAUUGAAAUGAGGCAUAAAUUUAUACAAUUCAUUUUACAAUGAUGCCUUAAUGCUGAUUCAUUAUCAGAUUAAAGGAUCUACAUAUAGAUAUUAUUACUUUAGACUCAAUUAUGUACAUUUCUGUAAGAAACACUUAUACCAACCGAAUGAAUAUGUAAAUAUUUGUAUGUGUGUUGACUAGAUUUAAGACACAGAUUCUCGUCUUUGUAUUUUACAGACUGCUAACUGUAUACUUGGUUGAUUAAGAUAGUAUUAAUUCUUUUCAUUGUAAAGAUAAGUGGCUUAGUAAUGUUUUAAAAAGGAUUCUAGAUAGUCAAUAUUUGUUCAUGUCGUAAUUAUGUGCUUUCUCUUUAGUAAAUCAAAGAAAAGCCGCCUGAUUAGUCUUAACCCUCAAUGGCUGCAGUGUCAUCUACAAAGGCAUUGAAUCCAUAUAUAGAGUCCUUCGUUACGUGUUUAUCUUUUUUCCUUUUAAUCUGUUUUCUUAUCAUAUCAAUAAUCAUACAUAGCCAGAUCUACAAAUGUAUUUGCUAUUACACUUACAUGAAAUCUUAACUUUUCCUGCUGAGCGGAUUUAUUUUAGUAUCAACUCAAACAGUUUUUUAAAAUUGAACACAUUUUUUCUUAUUCGUUCAAUAUUACAAUGUAAAACCCUACAAAUGUAUGUUCUUUUAUAUCGUCAUUUAGAGCAAAACCACCCCAAUAGCUUGCAUCUUUUUUUUUGCGCAUAUUCAGUUAAGGGUUUUUAUUUAUUAUUAACAACAUCUGAUAUGCAAAAAUGAUAUUCGAUGCACUUGGAUUUCCAAUUAGUGAAAUGCUUUGGAUUUGAUAUUUUAAUAUGAUAGAUAUGUCAAAUAGUUAUCCAGCUGUGCAAAUGUUGCGUAGCAUGCAUACUGUAAACCAGUGUCGAAAUGUCUACUUGAUGUACCAACAAAACCUAUAUUAAUACAUAUUAGACAAAAGUUGAAAUUAGAAACUGAAAUGGUUAUCAAUAUACAAAACAAGAUCGCUUUGUAAAACAGUGAUCAUUUUUGUGAAUUGUUAAGAACUGGCACACUUGUAAUUGUGUUUAAAAACAUUAUAGAUGUUGUAACUUGUUUUUGUAAGAUAUAUUGGUAUCAGUCCAUGAUAGCCAGUGAUACAUAUCUUAUAUAAUAUCUUUUCUAAUUAUUCAGGAAUGAAAAACAAAGAUUUAUUACUGCAAAUAAUCAAAUUGUUAACUUUUGUACAUGCAUCCUACUACCUCAUGUUGAUAAAAAAAUGAAUGUAUACAUUUAGAAAUACCUUUGUUCAUGUAUCUAUCUGUUAAAGCCAUCACAAUAACUGAGAAAGUUACUUGUUAAUUUCUUUCAAAAGAGGCAAGACUACUCCCAAAGGAGCAGUUACACUUUGUAAAUACUAUUAUAAGAUUAUCAUGAUAUUGAGGCAAAAAAUCACAACUAAUAUCCGUUAUUAUACAAUGAUUAGUUGUUAUCCGUUUUUAAACAAUGAAUUGUUUUUAUCCGUUAUUAUAGA